AUGUGCACGGGAAAGUGUGCCCGCUUCGUGGGGCUCUCCCUCAUCACCCUCUCCCUUGUCUGCAUCAUGGCCAACGUCCUCCUGCUGGUGCCUAAUGGGAAGACCACUUGGACCAACACCAAGAACCUCAGCUUGGAAGUCUGGUUAAUGUCUGGCAUCUUCGGCGGGGGCCUGCUGGUUCUGUGUCCGGGAAUCGCAGCCGUCCGGGCAGGGGGCAAGGGCUGUUGCGGUGCAGGCUGCUGUGGGAAUCGCUGCAGGAUGCUGCGCUCGGUCUUCUGCUCGGCGUUAGGUUUGGUUGGAGCCAUCUAUUGCCUCGCAGUAUCCGGAUCCGGGCUCGAAAAGGGACCCAAAUGUUUGAAGAACGGCGCUUGGGAAUACCCUAUCAAAGAGACCGAAGGCCCCUCCUACCUGCUCAACCGCACCGAGUGGGACGCGAUGUGCGAGGAGCCGCCGCACGCGAUCCUCUGGCACGUGACGCUCUUCUCGCUGCUGGUGGUCGCCUCGUGCCUGGAGGUUGUGCUGUGCGGGGUGCAGGUGGUGAACGCGGCCAUCGGGGUCCUCUGCGGCGACUGCAGGAAGAAGGGCACCCCGCAAUGA